GUGGGCUGCGGGGCGGGCGUCAGCGUACGGGGGGGAGCGAGGCGCUUCAGCGCUGCGAACGAGGGGCAGAGCCUGGCCUGCGCCCGCUUCAGCGGCUGCGCGCCUUCGGCGGGCUCGGGCGGUGCGGCCGAGUGGCGGGAGUCGUGAGUGUGGGGACUGGAUCUGCGCGUGGCCCGCGCGGUGUCGGUGCCGCGAGCGGCGCUCACGGCCGUUGGGCUCGGCGCGGGCAGCCAGAGAGCGCGGUGCCGCUUCCCGCCCGCCGUAUCACCCGCGGUGUGUUUGUGUCGGCAGCGGGGCCUCGGGCGGAGCGCCCUCCCCGCGGCCCGGUCCCUGCUCGCGGCGAGGCAACAGGCGGGGGCCUGCACGGCGGUGAGACAACAUGAGCCGAGAUUUUAAACCCGGGGACCUCAUCUUUGCCAAGAUGAAAGGUUAUCCGCAUUGGCCGGCCAGGGUUGAUGAAGUUCCUGAUGGAGCAGUGAAACCUCCAACCAAUAAAAUGCCUAUUUUCUUCUUUGGCACCCAUGAGACGGCAUUUUUGGGACCAAAAGACAUCUUCCCAUACUCUGAAAACAAAGAUAAAUAUGGAAAACCAAACAAAAGAAAGGGUUUUAAUGAAGGGCUGUGGGAAAUUGACAACAAUCCGAAAGUCAAGUUCUCUCAUCAACCGUCCCAUCCAGCUGUUAACACAUCCAUCAAAGAAACUAUUCAAGAAAGCAGUCAAGAGGCUGCAGAGGGGAGUGAAGAAAAAUCAGGAGCCAAAAGGAGAAAGCCAUCUAUCCCCAAAUUAUCCCCUAAAGGGGAUAACAAUUUGCCUGCAGAAGCUGAAGCAGAAGAAAAAGAGAUGCAUACUACAAAGGAAGAUGAUAUACCUUCUGAGAAAAACGGCAAAGAAGGUGUGGUGAAAACAAGUGAUGCGUCUAUUCCCAAAGUUGCUAGAAGAGGAAGAAAAAGAAAGGCUGAAAAACAAGUUGACUCUGAGGAAGCAGCAGUAGUGGCAACAGCAGCAGUGGUAGCAGCAGCAGCAGCUCCUGUGACUGUAUCUCCAAAAGUAAGCCCCAAAAGAGGAAGACCAGCAGCUUCUGAAGUAAAAGUUCCAAAACCGAGAGGGAGACCCAAAUUGGUGAAGCCACCUUGUCUUUCUGAAAGUGACCUUGUUAAUGAGGAGGAGAAAACAAAGAAAAAAGGACCAGAUGAGAAGCCUAAAAAACAAGGGAAGAAGGAUGAGGAAGGUCAGAAGGAAGAGGAAAAACCAAAGAAGGAAUAUGAUAAAAAAGAUGGAAAGAAAGAGGCUGAACCAAAAAGGAAAAAUGCUGCAAAACUGGGUUCUGCAUCAGCUUCUGAUUCUGAAGAUGAGGGGGGAGAAGAAGAAGGUGACAAGAAGAAAAAAGGGGGAAGAAGCUUUCAGUCAUCUCAUAGAAGAAACAUUAUGAGAGGCCAGCACGAGAAAGAGGUGACAGAAAGGAAGCGUAAGCAAGAGGAUCAGGGAGAAAGUGAACUCUGGAGCAUACACCAUCAGACAAAACAAGGAAAAAAGAUAAUAAUUAUUAUUCUGAUCUGGUGCUGCAAAGCCAGUUGACUGAUACCAAGAGCACUCUGCAAUCAGAAGAUAAAUUAUCACAAAUGAACCAACCUAAGAGUGAAGAGAAGAUCCUGCCACGAACUUGGGGGGAGGGGGCAGGGCAAUAGGAGGAAAUUGACUCAUUCUCAAGACCUGUCCUGCAAAUGGGUGAAGAAGCUAUUACUACACAAGCAUGAUGUUUCUAUCCCCACAGUUUGUGGGAGGGCAGAAGAAAGGGAGAAAAAGGUAAAAACUCUUGAGAAACAGGAAGAGGAUAAUGGUCCCCCUUGUUCAUAGCUACGCAGUUCUGCUUUUUCUGACAUAGCAACAAGAUUCUUGUUUGGGUUUUUUGAUCCUCCUGCCCUUUCUUCUCCUCCUCUUCCUGUCACUCCUAUGGAAAACUAACAUAAUUAUUUAUCUGCCCAUAGAAAACCUAAGCAUUUCCAACUCGAGAGAUAGGAAAUUGUUCUCAGCAUUUCUUCUUAAUAUACCACUGCUUAAACCUGACAUAAACUGAUUUCUGCAGUCAACUGUAAUGUAUUGAUUUGGUUAUAGUAAUCAAGUCUCUAGUUUUAAAUAGCUUUUGAAUUUUAUGUACUGGAAAAUACAUAGAGCUUAGUUUAAGAAAAAAUGGGAGUAGUAGAUAAUUUUAAUAAAUGCAUAAUGGAUUGUAGCUGAUACCUAAAAGCACAAGGCUCAAUACUGAUGAAAAGAAAAAGCACUUCUUUUUUUGUGCUGCUUUCAAUUAUUCUAUUAAUACACUGAAUAUAAACCUAUCCUCCUUUGGUUAUCUUUCCCAUGUUUUAGUCUACUUUUUCUUGUAUCUGUUAUGACUACUGGGCUAGUAUUUAUGGAAGUUGUAACAGUGCUUUGUACAAAAGGCAUUACCUGUGCUACCAGUUGAAGUAAAAUAGCCUAAUGUACAUUAACAUAGUUGUCUGUAACUCGAUGGAGUUUGAAAGGAAAGGCAGAAGAUGUAGAUUUGAAGAUUUUUACGGAUGCAUGCUGGUAUUUAUUCAUGGCAUUCUGAAAUACACAGAUUAUGAAAUAAGGCUUUUAAACCUGUCAGUAAGACGGGAUUGAGAAAUUCUAAAUUGAAACAGGGUUAAUAAUCUUCUCUGAAUAAAUAAAAAGUUACAAAGCUAGGCUGAAAGAUUUUUGCUUGUCUCCUUUUUUGAGAUGGAGAUAAGCUGGGGCUUAUCUCACGGAAAACUUGACUUUAAUGAGAUAAUUAGAAAAAGAGCCAGGAAUAUUUCUGUCGAGGAGACUUAAAUUAUAAAUGAUACAGUAGAGGUCAGUUUUAGGAUACAUGCACUGCAGUAGCUACCUAAGAGAGUUGCAUUUGAACCAGUUAUAGUAAACUUAAAAUCAAAUGAUCUAUAGUUUUUCCAUACAGUGAUGUUAAACAGUAGUGAAAUUCUUUUUUUGGUCAUCUUAAAUAUUUUUUCCUGUAUAAAUAAGGUUUGUUCAGUGCCGCUUCAACAACUUCUUACAUGCAGUUUACAAAUGUUACUUGUUUCUCUAAACUUUUAAUUUUCUGCUUUUGGGGAACCUUGUGAGAUUUAACAGCAGUAUGAUGUCAAAGUAAAAAAUAAAUAAAUACAUCAUUUUAUUUCAGUCUCUGAAAACUAGGGUUUAACUCAUGGUGUUUUUUGCAUGCUAAUGUUUUGAGAUACUAUCUCUUUAAAACAUAGUCUAAAAUGUGGAGGGAAAAGAGGCUGAAGA